UUCUCGGCUGCUGGCUAAAGAGCUCGAUUAAUUCGAAACACAUACUCGUCGAACAUGAUUCGUCCCUGUAACUACGGUGCGAUAAUAUACUCGAUCUGCUUCGUCCUCGUGAUAUCCUCGGCAGUGGAUCACAGUGGUGAGGCCGACGAUCUGAAGAAAGUCCUUUCCGAGUUGGAGAAGGUCUCGUCGCUCUUGCAAAGCGUCAACAGCAUCAACGACAGACUGAUUAACAACCUACGCGUCAACGCGACGCGUUACCUCAGGAGCAACAGCCCCGAAUUGCUGAGGAAGCGAGGCUACACCUGCACCAGUGGCAUCGGGUGGCACAAGCUCUACCUGGCCAACCUCACCUGGAACGAAGCGAGGAAAGCCUGUCGUCGGGACGACGCUCACCUCGCCGUCCUCAAUUCGCCGAACGAGGCUAAGGUAUACACACGCGAGUCUAUCCCAAUUAAUCUAGCUAAACGAGCGCGUGAUUUAUCGCGUGAUACUUUAAUUGCUCGUGAAAUUGCGGGGGCAGCGGUCCAUCUGAAAAAAGAGAUUUUCUCUCGUCUCUUGCUUAUUACAGGCACUGAGAAGCUCGCUGCUUGGAAAUUACCAGUUUAG